AGAACAAGACCCUUCUCAUCAACAGCCUCGCAGCUCUUCUCUCCCACAGCCGCAAACAUGGUCGUCCAGGAAAUCAAAAACCGCGGAGACUACGACAAGGCCCUGGCCGGCGAGAAGCUCGUCCUCAUCGACUGCUUUGCCACCUGGUGCGGUCCUUGCAAGGCCAUCGCCCCCAAAGUUGACGAGUUCAGUGAAACCUUCGCCGCCGAGGUGGACGUCUACAAGGUCGAUGUCGACGAGUGCUCUGAGCUUGCUGCAGAGCUCGGCGUCAGGGCCAUGCCUACCUUCAUCUUCUUCAAGAAUGGACAGAAGCUCGAGUCCGUUGCCGGUGCCAGCCCUGAGCCAAUCCUCGCCGCUAUCAACAAGUUCAAAUAG